AUGGCUGACGUCAAGGUGCUGAUCCAAGACGUGUCGGGAUGGCUGUUAUUAUCUUAUCUGGCCAGGGCUUUCUGUUCGUUUGCUUGCCCUCCCCACCCCAUCCUCUUGUACUUCACACACUUGAUGCCCUACAUCCUCUCGCCGUCGCCGUCCCCCUCGUCCUCCUCGCUGCGCUCCCCCAUCACAUUCUCCAAUGAGCGUGGCCCAGGCGCGUUCACCCCCCUCGCCACCCUCCCUCGCAGGAAGUCGCAGAAAAAAUCCCUUUUCCACAUCCCAGCUGACGAUGACCAUGAACCAUCACCGCCACCUUCACCUCCGCUCAUCACCCCGGAUGACCUUGUCCAAGAGGACCUCCCGGCGCGCAUCUCUAUCCCCUUCCCGUCCUCCUCUCCCCUCCCCUCCCCUUCUCUGUACCCUCCGAAUGCCCCAAAAUUCAACCGUGCCAGUUCCCACGUCGUCCUCUCCUCUGGCAAACCUCUCAAGUCUUCUUUGAAGUCAUCCUCCGCCUCAUCUAUCGCUGACGACUACGCCCGCGCGCGCCAUGCACGCGCCCAAUCAGAGCCUGCAACGCCCGCGCUCGUCCCGAAGAACGUCCAUUUCAAGGACCAGGCUGAAGGACUCGUGUCUGUCCGUCUCUUCAGGCGCACAGGCCGCCCCACCGCCGUCUCCUCCCCCACCAAUCCUGACGAUACGGAGACUGAGACCGAAGCCGAACACGCUUCCAACUCCGCAUUUCCCUUCCCUCGCCUUCCUUCCUCUCUUUCACACGCUCCUCUUGCAGAAAUCGAUUCAGACCUCGCCCGCACUUCUGCUAUUCCUGCACCCUCACCCGACCUGUAUGCCAACAUACACCUCGAGUCCAUUUCCCUACCUCCCUCACGCCCGCCAAUUCUGCGCGGGACCGCUCUCGUGCGCAACAUCUCCUUUGAGAAGCAGGUUGGUGUGCGUUUCACGCUUGACAACUGGACGACCGUCUCCGAGGUAAUCGGAACCUACGCUGGCGGCGUCACGCAUAGCGAGGCCUUGGCUGGUAUAUCAGCAACGGGCACCGUCGGCGAUCUUGUUGGGGCGCUCGCCGCCGGUCCUGCCGACCCUUGGGACCGCUUCACUUUCACCAUUCGGCUUGAGGAUUACGAAGCGCGUCUGUUAGAGCGCACACUUUUCCUCGUAGCGCGCUAUACUGUCCCGGGGCAAGGCGAGUGGUGGGAUAACAACUCCGGCGCCAACUAUCGCGUCGGCUUCCGGUCGCGUCCAUCUUCAGCCGCAUCAGAUUCAUCGCCGGCGGCUAGUGCGCGUAAGCGUGGUGUUAGCGUCCCCUUGCCUAGUGCUGGACCGUUCACGAUGAGCGCCGCAGCGCCCCCUCCACAAGUCACUCAGCAUGAGUCUCGCGGCACUUUCUCCGUCUCGAAACAGCAAACAUCCACCUUGAGUCCUUCCCCGCUCGUCCAGUCUACGGCGUCUGUAGCUCUUGCCUCGCGCCCGCCUCCACUUGCCCGCGCAGCGUCGAUGCCCAUGCCAUUUGGGACGCGACUAAACCUGAAGCAUUAUGCGGCACCCACGCGCGUCGCUGUCCCAGGGUCAAACUCUUUGAACUCUCACCUGACAUCGGCCUCGAUAUUCUCGGCUACGUUUGGUGCGCGCGUGGUGCCGCCGGUGGCGACUGGGUCAACGGUGAAGGGGAGAAUGCUUAUUCAUGGCCAUCCGGCCACGGCGAUAGAGUCCCCUGAAGAGGAGAUUGUGCAGUCGCCGUCGGUAGAGCGGGAGAGCAUUGACCUAGGCUUCCUCUUCGCGGCGCAAGAGCAAGCGAGCCAGGAGGACAGUAUGAAGACGAGCAGUGUGAAAGAAGAUGGUGAGAUGGCCGCCAGGUUUAACGCGGAUGCGCAUAGCCCUCAGUCAUUUGAUGGGUCGAGUUCGCGGCCUGCACGACCCCAGCUGUCGCUGAAUGUAACCCCGCCUACUCCUUCUCCACCAUCAACCAACAAUCAUUCCUAUCUUGGUAGCCCGGAGCGUACCUCGCCCAUACGUUCUCCCACACGCUCCCCUAACAUCUCCCCUAAUACGAGUCAGUCUCAGCUCGCACUCGACCCCUCAGCCGUGAAUACUUCCGAUUCAAUGUAUGCCGCGUUUCUCCGUCAAUGGUGCUUCGCGCAGAGCACACCGCCAGCCGUACACCCUCGGCCGAGCGCGCUGGGAGAGGUUGGAUUCGUUGUCGAGACUCCAGCUACACCAGGGGCUGUGGGUGGGAUAGGAUUUGGCAUGAUGAGUGGGGUUGAGGCUGUCGGAUGGGUGGGGUAG